UCGUCACCUCCCCCUCCGCACAUCUCGCUCGUCCUUCUCUGCCCGGUGUUCGAACGCGAGGUGCGACGAUCACGCUUUUCUCCAAUUCUCUCAAAUUCACCGCUUUGCUAAUCGCCCGCCCAAUGCCUUCAUUAUAAACUUCAUCCGCCCGCCGCACAACACGAGUAUGCCAUCGACAUGUCAUCCUUAGAGCCCAGACGGCCGCGUCUGCUUGCCCAGAACAGGAAGCUCCGGCAUUUAAAGGGCAUCUCGCUGCGAAACCUCUGCUUUGAUCUGCCGCAUCUGCGGACUGCCGACGACGCCUAUGUAUCGGAUACGAGCCCUCGGAAACUACAGGUCCUGCGCGAAGCGGGCUCCCUCCAUCCGUCGCGAUCGUCCGAGACGCUGCGACAGGAUAGCCUGCGAGUAGGCAAGAAUGUCGCGCGGCCGCCGCAACCGCGGAGAGUGAGUCUGGGCUCAGCCUUUACUCCCCCGUCGGUGAGGCAGAAGAAGCUCGAGCAGGUGCUGGAUGCGGCGGUUGGUGAUGUCUUUUUCUCGCUGCAUGUCGCUACACAGGACGAGCCGAUAUAUAUAAGCGAAGUCCGCGAAAAGUCCGCGAAUUUCAACUUCCAGUUCUUCAAUCUCGACGACUCGUUGCCCGAUAUCUCGCGUUCCACGAUCCUUUGCAUAAGAAUAUGGUCAAGGCGACCCAAGCAAGACACCUGGGUCUUUCUACUAGAAGAGCUAAUUGAUUUGCGCAAACUCAACUUCAUCGGCACCAUGCUAGGACGCCACUUUCCGCCAAACUCGCUUCUCUUUCACCUCGAGGAUGGCCUCUACUCGCUCGACUUUCCUACAAACGCCGCCGCUCCUCGAGAUGCAACACCCAUUGGCACAUCAUCUUACAAUGCUCUGAUGAAGCUAGCCAACCUCGAACACUCCAUCGAAGAUGCAAUUAAUACACAAAAGAUCAUUACGCAGCAGAUCAACGAGAUCCUAGAAGACGCCGUAGUGGACGGGUCUGGUGCUGCGCAGGAGGAGCAGGCUCUUGCUGACAAGUAUGUCCAAGCACAAAUACGAAUCAACAAACAGGCAGAGCGCCGCCGAAAUGAGCUGCGGGAAUCUUUACAAAGCCGCAGAACGGCUAUCAAGGAAGGCCGUGAAGCUCAAGAGCGCGGUGAAGAGGACAUUGCGAACAACCGAGGGAAGCUAGAGACUUCAAAAGAACUCGUUGUCGUGUCAGAUCGUGAUAUUAGAGGCCAGAGACGCCGCAUAUGCUCCGAACUCAACCGCUUAUUCCCCAUUACACCUAUUCCCGACGCACCGCCGCUGUCAUUCCAAAUAUGCGGUAUCCCGCUCUCCAACUCUGUCUACGACGGUCCAACGGCUCGGGCAUAUGGCGAAGAAGCACUCUCCGCUGGCCUUGGCCUUGUAGCUCUCGUCACGCACAACCUCCAGUACUAUCUCUCCCACCCGCUCCCGUAUCCCAUUACACCCUACGGCUCACAAUCCUUCAUCAACGACGAAAUAUCCCACCUCACCGAAAAGAAUGUCGGACGUCGCCAAUUCCCGCUCUUCCUGCCCCGCGGCGGCUCGACAUCUGGCCAGUGGCGCUUCGAAUAUGGCUGGUUCCUGCUAAACAAGGACAUUGAGGCCCUCUGCGCGUCUCAGGGCCUGCGUGUAGUCGACAUUAGGCACACUCUUGCCAACCUGAAAUUUCUCCUCUACGUCUGCAGCGCGGGAACCGAGGAGCUUCCCGAGCGCAAGAAAGGCGGUGUGCGAGGUCUCUGGUCAGGGCAUCUGAAAACCCGCGCCUCCGCCAUCCCUCCUGGUCUACAAGAUAAAGAUACAGGAAGCAUCACAAGUAGUAGGCCUGGUAGCGCUGAUAGCGAAGCCCAUGGCCAGCGCGGUGAUACACUUCGCGCAGCUGCUCUGGGCGGCGGUAAUGGCAGCCUGCGCUGGCGUCCUGCGGCGGAAGAGACGGUCCUGGGACUCCCGUUUGACGAGUCUGAUACAACAUUUACUUUACGUACAAAGGGGCUGCGAGAGAACGUGGCUGGCUAGAAGUCAGUCCGUUGGCAUUGAAAUGGGGUAGUUGUGUCUUUAAGUAGACGUUUAUAAUCCUUCUUGUCCCAUUUUUUUAAUACACAAAACAUAAUUUUCACCGGAUUCAGUUUAUCAAGAUCAGGUUCUCAGUGAAAUUUCAUCAACGCUAAAAUAAAGCAAUACAUAUAUAUGAAGUGCCCUACUGAAAAGCACCAGACCAGAGAAAACAAAUACAGACGAUCCACCUUGACGCCACACAAUCCAAUCAAUCAACGCUAUUAACCUUAAUCCGACUUUGCAAACUUGACGCUCUUGCGUCGUUCGCGCUCUCCAGUUCCUGGUAUCCUUCCGGGACUGGAGCUUAGGAUACCACCAGACACGGUCUGGCCACCAAAUGAUGAGCCACUCUUAUUGAGGGCUUCUCGGGCAAUGCCAACGGCCUUGCUUUGCGGUACGUCGUUUGAGUCACUCUUGACGCUGCGUUCGGGCAGAGGUCGCCAUGUUUCCGGACUUCCUCGCCGUUUACCGCUGGUCCGCCGCGACUGUUGCUGCUGCUGCUGUUGUUGUUGAGGGGAGCUUCGAGGCUUGUAGCUGUCUGCUGCAACCCGCCCGACUUCGCCAGAGCGUGCUGUAGUGGUCUCGCCCCGGUAUUUGCCAGGUAAGCAUGCGUGGCCGCAGCCAUCUAGAGGACAGCAUCCAUCACUGUACUUAUCGGGGCCCGCCCCGAGCCCAUCUUCAUCCAAAUCGCCGUGCCAGAUAUGCAGACAUGAGGCGUGGCCGCCGUGACCACAGCCUGGGCAAUACCACCAACCAGAGAGCCAGCUUUCAGGAUCCAAGCCGUCUUCAUCGGCGAUUUCGGGCGUGCAGGACGCCAAUUCCGGGUCGCGCUGCUUACAGACAGCACAUGGGUCCAUGAUGGCCUGGCAGCGCUCACAGGUCCAAACGGCAGCGUCUCCAGACUCAUGCUCACUCUCGCGUGGCUUACGGCAUGACGAACAGAAGAGGCCAUUCUUGACGUGCUGUUGAGCCUGGGAGAAUAUCCCAGGAUAGCUCUCGCCCCAAUCAGGCAAGCCGUCGGGCCAGCCCUUGACACAAAGCUUUCGUAGAAGGGCCGCCUCGACAAACAAAGACAUGCCCAUCAGUCUGCUGUGAUGCUGCUUCAGAAUUGCCCGAGCCUGAUGCGAGUCAAUAACAGAAUUUGGCACCAGCGGUCCUAACAGCAGGGCCAUGGCUGAUGCAUUUAGAGUGGAUGUGCGGGUUUCGAAAGUAAGAGCAUUCUGUAUGAUAAGAUAUGGGUUGAGCGUGGCCGGAAGUGGCAUAUCACCUUUAAGUGUCUCAAAGUCAGGGUCGUUAGGCCAAGGCAAGUAGUCUGUGUCGAUAAUGUGCGGUCUCGGAUCGUGUUCAAAUUCGGCUCUAACGAAGCUAUCCGCGCGCUGAGACCUGGCUUCUGUAGCAAUGGUUGAUGUGCGAAACGACUGUAGCUGGUCCGAGUCUGACUGAGAUAAAAACGACUGCUGCGAUGGAUAUGUACCAUCACCAGAUGCUGUUGUUUGUGAAAUCAUAAACACAUCUUCUGGUGACUCUGCAUUCGUUCGAGAAUUGCGUUUCUUUCUUCUAACUGUACCAUUUUGGUCCUCCUCAUCAAUCUGUUCGCCACGGAUGUGGCUGGGAUAUUGAUCGUUACUCUCACUGCUGCCUGCUUCCGAUUGCGAUUCCUUUCGGCUGCGUGUCGCCGUAUUAGUCUGGGAUGGGAUGUGCGUAGCUCUCUUAGUUCCAUCAGAAAUGGAAAAUAUUUGGCUAAAACUCUCUUCAGAAUCUUGACGGAUUGCCUUAGCUCGUCUCGGUACGUUAUCCGAAUGUGUCGAGGGUACAUCAAUAGCUCUCGCCAAAGCCUCGGUAUCGUAAAAGUCGUAACCUUCUGUGAUGGAUUCAUGUGACUCUUGGCUACCACCACCGAUAGUGUCCGUUGCAGACGAGCUAAAGGUGUUGCGAGGCGACUCUGAGAACUGCUUGUGGACAGACGGCCCAAGAGUAAGGCUUUCUGGUUCGGCAAUCGCAGCUAGUUUUUGGCCGUGCUGAUACUGUCGGUUAUCAAAGUGCGCCACAUCGUUGCCGUCAAUAGGUCGCGCAAGAGGUGUGGGCACGUUUGAGGUGCUUUCAAUCUCUUCAGAGAGUAGCGAUCUCACAUUGUGAAUCCUUCCAUCUAUGCUACUAGCUUGGCCAGAAGACUUUCUUGCCGAAUCGUCUCCAUUAGUAGGAAGCUGGAUACUCGGUGGAUUGAAUCUGUUGGAGGCUUUGCUAGUUUCCAUCUCGAGUUUCUGGAAGUGCGAGAGUCGAGCAUGUAAGUGGAAUUCGGCCCGCUUGUUGAGUAAUAUGUCCAUUGCAAAGGCAAUGAUGCGCCAUAUCUGAGAAACACGGAAAAAGCUGGCUGCUUCGGCAACUGUAGCAAAUCGCUCCAGAAUGAUUGCAACACGCUGUGCAAGCGUAUUCUCAUCAUCAAGCCCUGGUAAUUCCUUUGCUAUAAUGUCCAAAUAGUGGGCCGACAUGUAUUGAAACACGGAUGCCGUCUUAACUGUGGGUAUUUGGCCCCAUGCCAUGCUCUGGGUCGUCUUGAAUGUGCCUGUGACAUUGAUAGACUGCUCGAGAGUGAGGGUCUUAUUGGCAUCAUCGAUAGGGGUUGUUGGCUGCGAUUGUGAGUUUCCUCGGUUGCUGAAUCUCCGACGGUGGCCGAUGCGCCGACGAGGUCCAAGGAAGCUCGUCAAAACAUCGUCUUCAGAGUCACUCUUGCUCACACUCAAAGUCGGGGUCCGUGGGCUUGUGCUAUAUUGCGGCAUGGGAUCAAUCUCAGCUUGUCUCAGCAUUAUUUUAGGUCUGCUAGGCUGGGUUCUUUCUUCCAAGAACAUCAUAGCAUCUCCUCUUGGUGAGAAAGCUAUGGCGGAUGUGGAUCUGCGAUCAAUUGUCUUCGGUGCAUAUGCAACAUCACACUGAGUAAACAGCCCAUCUUGGCCAACAGUCCAAAGUAGGUCCUGAUCGCGCCAGAGCAGCGCCGAGGGAGAUGUAUCGAAACGCUCUAUUUCCUUAUAAGGCAUGGUGGGACGAGCGAGAUCCCAGAGGUGUACAACUGACGAGCCGUAGCGUCUGCUACUUGUUUCGUCAUAGCUUACCGCAACCUGAGCUGCUCUCCUUGAUUGUGUUGUAUUGGACCACAGACUUGGUCUCCAAGCAAGAGUGGAAACUGGUGCUGGUGUUGUGAGUGUGUAUUUUGGCUUCUGGCGCUUGUCGGCUGUGUUCCCAAGAUCCCAGACCUGUAGCUUAGCAUCCCAGCCAGCACUCAUCAAGUGAGUUCCGUCGGGAUGCCAGGCGAUUGUAGUACAAGCCUUUUCAUGUGCGUUAAUUCGCAGGAGUGGUCGUGAAGCUUGACGGACGUCCCAUUUGAGUACCACGCCGGCCUCAGUGCAGCAUGCCAUUUCCUGGCCAACGGUUGGGGACCAGGCAACUUCUCGAAUUGGAUCGUUGCUUUUUAGGGGCGAAAAUCGUUGUCUGAAGCUGAGCACACCAGAUCGCGACGGGUGUGGUUGUGAGAUGUCAAAGAUGCGAGCGAUACCGUCUUGGCUGCCAGACAGAAGCCAAGUCUUUAGAUGCGGGUUUACAUCCAACGAGUUCACUUGACGCGAGUCUUCUUGAGUUUGUAUGUAUUCGAAGGGCUCAGAGCCAGCCGUGCCCACUCGCGUAAGGUCGUACGUGAAUAUUCGGCCGCUCGCGCAGGCUGUGAAGAUUGUCGAGGCUCCGUGCCAUUUCACGUCGCGGAUAUUCAGCUGGUCCGACACGAGAUUAGCCCUCGAGCCGGACGUUUUCUGAGACGUGAUAGCGGCGCGAAGGUCAAUUCCAUCAUUGACAGUAAAAUUGGAGCCCUCGGAGGCGUCCACCACGGCUGUUUUGAGGAUGUGAGGCCCUGCAAAGAUGAUAGACCGGCGGUCGGCUGUCACAUCAACGCAUGAUGCGGGGACUGUAAGUGAAUGAGCGGCAUUCUGCGAUCUUGGAGGUCGGUAGAGGGACGAGAUUGGGUUCGGGGGCGUUGUGACAGAGAGAUCGCCAGAAGAGGUGUCAGUCGACGUCUUCCCGAGGAGCUUGCGCAUGAUUUUGGACUCGCGAUUAUACAUCGUGUCGGCAUUCCAAGUGCGCCCAGGGCGCCAUCAAUGGCAUCUGAAUAAUCUCAAUUGCCCAUGUCCCGAGCUCGUAGCUUCGGCUUGAUUCGAGAGUCCGACUGUUGCGAGGUGCAGCUUGUAAGAGCUGGCGAUCUGGACGAGUCUGGAGGUGGAACCUUAACCUUGGGCAGCUUGAGUGGGGCCAGCGCCUGCCUUGCAUCAGUCCAGCGACGCGCGACUACCCGGAAGCAAAAACAGGGCAAGCUGUAAGCUUCUAAAUAGGUUAACAUAAUACUAUAUAUUAUUCUGGCAAAUAAUUAUGAUAUAUAUAGUGGAUAAUGAUUCAUCCGCAGCACUAUAUUAUUCAAUUUAGCUGCGGUGGUUGGUUUAUUAUACCUGGCGUUAUCCACAUUGAAGGACCUCGUACCAUUAGUCACAUCUUUCGUUACAAAUGAUGUGAUAUUCGCUUCGGCAGAUAUUAUUUAUCAUUGUAAUAAUUUUCAUAACCCAGCCCAUAUUUAUCAUGGCCUUCUACCUAUCUGAUACCAUCUCUUUCAAGAGCCGUCACCUUCUUUGCCUGCCACCCCUCCUUCACAUCUAUACACGUCCACAAGUUGGAUGCGGCUGCACCUCUCGACGAGUGAAUUCCAACUUCCAUGCUGUUGAUAAAUGUGUGUUAGUGCAUCUCACUUGAUGCUGAAUCAACUUCAGAGCGUAUAGGGGACGCCGGAGACCCUGUAUGGGACCGUUCGCUGGCUUGUGGGUAUAUUGCUAUGAAUGAAUUCUCUGUUCUGCAUGGUUAGAUGAGAGAAAUAACAAUGAAUCGUAAAGGAAUGAUGCUUACCAUGUAGCUUUAGGGUACAAGUACCGGCGCGCAACUGCGCACCGGCGUAGCGGCCAUUAAUGGGCCGUGUUUCGCAUGUCUUGCUUGAUUUCCAGACCAAACUCCUGUUUUUCAACUCAUUCUUCACCGUCCUUGCCACCAGGGCUUCUGCUUCUGCUGCGUCCGCUUCGGCCAGCAUUUCUGUUCCCGCGACCGCCCUGGCCAGCCUUUCCUGGAGGCGGCCGUACGAAAGCAAAGUCCACCUGGAUUGUUUGAUCUAGUAGCUUCGAGUCGUUGGCAUCGUCAAUGGCUGCGCGUGCUUCUUCUAACGUGGCGUAUUCGAUCAAGGCAUAACCCUAUGGGCGGACGUUAAGUUAGCACCAAAGCGAAUCUCAGAUACAAAACCGGCCAUUUCUGUGCAAACAUACCUUGACGUAACCGCUGCGGCGGUCCAGGUUCAGGUGCAGGUUCUUAAUUUCUCCGUAUUCUCCAAACUUGUCCUGUAGGGCCUCUUCAUCGGCCUCUUCGUGGACGUUGGUGACGAUCACAAUCCAACCUUCGAUUGAACGGACAGCCGUAGCUUUCAAGUGUGUUUGCAUUUGUGCUUCGUCACGCGUGGGUGGUGAGCCCGCCAUGUCGAUAUCCAUCUCCGUGUCGGCCAUUUUUCGAGGAUAGGGGCGGCGUUUUG